ACUCUCAAUUACCUGUUUGAUCACUCAUCUUCUGGGGGAAAGGCUGCAGGACAUACUUGACUGUGGUGGUGUUUCUGCGGGUGCUGGACGCGGUGGAUAGCAGCCGGAUAGAAAUCUAUAAAGAUGGCCUCGGCAACAGCAACCUACGGGCAGAAGGAGUCUUCGGACCAAAACUUUGACUAUAUGUUCAAGAUCCUCAUCAUUGGAAACAGCAGUGUGGGCAAAACCUCCUUCUUGUUCCGCUACGCCGACGAUUCCUUCACGCCGGCCUUCGUCAGCACGGUGGGCAUUGACUUCAAGGUGAAGACAAUCUACAGGAAUGACAAGAGGAUCAAACUACAGAUCUGGGAUACAGCGGGUCAGGAGCGUUACCGCACCAUCACCACGGCUUACUACCGAGGAGCCAUGGGCUUCAUCCUCAUGUACGACAUCACCAACGAGGAGUCCUUCAACGCCUGUCCAGGACUGGUGCGUGACUGGUCGACUCAGAUUAAGACGUACUCAUGGGACAACGCCCAGGUGCUGCUGGUGGGAAACAAGUGUGACAUGGAGGACGAGCGAGUGGUUAGCGGAGACAGAGGCCGGCAGCUGUCCGAACACCUUGGUUUUGAGUUCUUUGAGGCCAGCGCCAAGGACAACAUCAAUGUGAAGCAGACCUUUGAGCGCCUGGUCGACAUCAUCUGCGAAAAGAUGUCCGAGAGCCUGGACGCCGGAGAUCCCGCCGUCACAGGGGCCAAACAGGGGCCCCAGCUGACAGAGCAGCCCGCUCCACCUCACCAGGACUGUGCAUGUUAAAGCUGACUACUCCCCCCAAAACCUGUUCCCUCCCUCCUCCUCCUCCUCCUCCUCCUCCUCCUCAUUCUCUUUCAGCUGGACCCCGGGGCCUUGGGUCUGCACUCCAUCACCCUUUUCACUUAUUUUCCUGCUUCUUUCUGUAACCCAGUAAGGAUCGUUAGCUGAUGGUCUCACAAGAACCAGGUUGCAAAGUGUCUAAAAUGCUCUGAGAUUCUAGUCAACCAGUGCUUGAGGUGUGUUUGCUUCUGGUUCCUCCUCAUUCAGGAGCUUAAAAUGUCUCAGUUUUUUUGAUCAGUGCAGGUGUUGGUCUGAUGCCAAAGCAAGUUCAGUUAAACUGAAGCGUUUCAGAUUCUUAGCGACCCGUGUCCUUUUAAGUUCCCGACCUAUUUUCUCUUGUCUCCCCGUUCCUCAGUGUGGUUUUACAAGAAGGAUUUGACGGCGUCCGUCCUCAGAGUGCCAUUUAAAUCCUUCCAAUGUUUACAGUACUUUGUUUCAUGUCAGUCAAAUGUUUUGAAAAGAUGUCAGCCUCGGAUUUGGUGAGCAAGAAGGUCGCAGCGGAGCUAUGUGGGAGGGAUGAUUCAGCUGAAAGCUGCUCCAAUACCAAUGUGUUACGUUUCUUAUGUGAUUCUGGAUACACGCAGAAUCAAAUGUACGUGGAUCUGUGUUUCUUUUUGUCGUCUCACCUGGUAUCUAAACAUGGAUGCUGCAGGUUGGGAGUUUUGUUCUUCAUUAUUCAUCUUAGCCUUUUCAUUUGGCCUUUUUUUUAAAUUAUUUUUUACGUUACUUCAGCAAACUUUUUUUUGUAUUCUGGUGCCCUGUUUAUUCUUUUCAUACAUGAAACACCGGGUGGGGGUAUAGAUAGUAAGAUAUAGCUAAGUUAAAAAAUAGUAAAAAAACGAAGAGACACACUUUAUUUAAUUAUAUUUAUUUCAAAUGUACAUAUAAAUGUUGUGCAAUAUAUAUCAUAUCUACAGGUAUGCAUUUCUGGAAAUGAAUUUUAAAAGGUAUGAACUUCUAUGAGGAUAGUAUCAAAUAUAAAAAAAAAGGUCUAUGUUGUAGGGUUUGUUUGGAGGAUGUGUGGACUUGUUUGCACCUGUUGCAGCCCCUCCGUGACUCCCGUUAUUCCCCCCGUUGGUUUGGUCUCAUGCUGCUUUCCAGAGAUGUUGCAAAGUCAGAAACUUAAACUUCCCGCUAAGAGGAAUGCAGUGGGACGGCGCUUUGAGUGUGAAGUAAAAAGUCAGAAAUGUAGUAACAUGUUUAUCAUCCUCCAAACCCACUCAGUGUGGUCUCCAGUCACCACUGCUGAUGACGUGUAACAUCUCAGCAGAGCUCUAAUAUCAGCUGGAGAAACUUUGUGCUGCAUCAUUAAUGUGGUUUUGAGCCAGACACAGUGAAGCUGACGUCGGGAGUUUUGAGUCCUCUUAAAGCUCAAAGUCAUCUGGGUGUAGCAAUGAAAUUAUAAUUAGGGUGUCAGAUGUUUUGAUGCUUCUAGUCCCAACAGCCUCAAGAUGUUAUUGUUCUUGCUGUCACUGACAGACAGUGUAGAAAUUUAAGGACAUAUCUGAAAACAACACAGUUCAGCUGUGCUUGCAAAUGAUGCUCCGUAUUAAUAUUACAGUAUUUUAUCCGUUUUUUUUCUGAGUGGGACAAUUGCAAAGUAUGAGGGUCGAAAUUGUGUAAUUAUUCCACAUUUGAAUGCAGCACACUUUUACUAUUGACCUGCCUGAUAGCUGUUCAGACACUCACAGCUUUAUCAAAUAUCAUCUAAAACACUGAUGAUGGGCUUGGAGGAUGCAAACAAUGUUGUUUUAUUGGAUAAUUUUUAUGGUAUUUUGCCUUUAUGUGAUAGUUUGACCCCAGGGAGUGAAAAGAAACAUCAAGAGAGAAUAAGUUAGCAUGUGAUAAAGAAGAGUUAGUUGCUAUUACAGGGUACAAAUAUUAGGUUAUUAGGCCACUGUGAGGUGCAGGCUUGGUUUCAGUCAUCAAUGAUAAAUGAAGCCAUCGUACAAGAAUUUGUCUUGCUGGUGUUAAGACUUGAAGACCUCAGAGAGCAAAGAUAAUCCAAGACAGAAAGAUUCAAGACAGGGGAAACAGACACACUGUAGCAUGCACUGCAUAUAUCGGUCUAAAUCCAAAAUGGCAGUCAGACGAGAUUUUGCAUAUACAGCAUCUGUUUAGAUUUUAAAUCUAGUUUGCACUGAACGGAUUCAGGCCUGCGGUUCUGUAUGUUUGCAGCUCACCUGUGUUUACUUGUAUUUAUUUUUGAGACACUGAGAGACAUCAUCUUAUCUCUGGACAUAGGAGACAAACUACACACAGACUCUUAAUGUUUCUUUGCUUAAUAACGAACGCUGCUCAUAGCUAGACAUCUUCAGAAUCAGUAUUACAUAGCAGCUUUAUUAGAUGCUGGUGGCUUCUUGUGUGGACCUGUCUGUCUGUGUGUAAUGUUACCUCCAGUGCUCAGUCUUCAGGUGAGUCAUGGGCACGACUGAAACAAGCAUCAAACAGCUGGAGGCAGAUUGUUCACAGAGCAGAGGUCUUGUUCAGAGGCUCUGCUCUGACACUGUUAAUAUUUCUGUAAACAGCUGUCUUUAAAGUUGACAUGGAAUUACUCAGAAACUCAGAAAACAUCUGCACACUUGUUUUAAUACAGUUUCCACAGUUAAAACUGGAUUGCUGGGUAUUCCUUUGUUUCACUUCACCAAAGAUUGCUGUAGAAGCAGCUCACUGUUUUUGCUGUAGAAUACCAGAAUGGGGAGUCUGACCAGUUUUAAAUGUUUAAAUUUGUAAUAAAACAAGUGCUGUUUGGUUUGAUUGAGAUGAACCUGUCACUUAAAAAAUCAUUUUAUGUCAUUGUUAUUCAAAGCUUGCCCGUGUGCAGUGCAAUCUUAAAAUUUGAAACGCUGUUAUUCCCCGUAAAAAACACAGAUAAAGACGACGUCACCUAUGGAUUGAGAGGGCAAAGCAGUGUAAAAAUUGGUGAGAAAGGUGUUUAUUUUGAGAGUAACUGUUGCAUUAAUUGACUGUUAAGUGUAGUAUACAAUAAACCUGAAAUCACAGAUGAUCCACUGGCUAUUAAAGUUUGAGAAAAUGAGGCCCCAGUCAAAGUAGUGAUGCUGUUAUCAGGAAGAUUUAUUGGUUGGGAAUUAUCACGACAAACCCUGGAGAUGAUUAUGAUCCUGCGUAUACUUUACUUCUUACUGGUUGUGACUGUUUCUUUUCUGGUAAAAUCCAAACUUUUAAACCGCUCUCCUUUCUAAUAUGUCUUCCUCUCUAUAUAAACCAGAUCUGUAAAUAUUGUACCUUUGAGUCAUAUGUGUGGAUUGUGUUGUAUCGACUCAGGCUUGCAACAACAGCAAAAGAAAACGAGUGAAAAAAAAAUAGACAGUAAAAACCUGAAAACCCCAAAAGAGCCAUGUUGUACUGUAUCUGCAUUCAUUUCUAGGCCUGCUUGUGAAUGAAUGUGUCACUCAGUUAUGAAGCAAUACACACUACAGUAUCUACACAAAAAGAAAUGCCAUCAAGCUUGGUAGAGGUUGCCGACUUUAGAUCUUCUACUAGCACGCAGAAACAUGUAACUUUAUUUGGUCUCGUAUCACUGCCUCUUCAAAUCCUACUCGGUUUGGGCCAUUAAGGUGAGAGAAUAUGCUGUGGAUGUUUUUAUCUGUACUUUGUGGUAAAACAAUAAAAAAGUUGCUAACAAUCA